AUGGCUAAUACCCACAACAAAAGGGAAGAGGGGAAACUUCCAAGUCAGCCAGUGGCCAACCCAAGGGGACACUACAUAGUAGAAGACUCACAGCACCAGCAAGUUCAAGCCAUCACCACAUUACGAAGUGGAAGAAGGGUCAACAAUCAUGUGCAAGAAAAGGUGGAUGAGCAAACUGAGAUGCCACAGAAUCUACAAAAAGACUCGGGAAAGCAAGUAAACACUGAGGCUUCUUCAUCCGCACCCACUCCUGAGAUACCAUAUAAGCCUCGAGUCCCAUUCCUAGGACGUCUCAAGGCACCUUCUCACUUCGGGAAACAAAGAGAGAAAAUACAAGAUAUGAUGGAGGUCUUCAAACAGGUAAAAAUCAACCUCCCACUCCUUGAUGCCAUCAAGCAAGUACUUGCCUAUGCAAAAUUCCUCAAGGACUUGUGUACUCAGAAAAGGAAAAGCAGAAAUCAUAUUCCCAAGAAAGUCCUUCUUACUGAGCAUGUGAGCUCCCUAAUUCAAAACAACACUCCUCUGAAGUUCAAGGAUCCUGGAUCCCCUACAAUUUCAUUUAUCAUCGGGCAUAGUGAGAUUGAUAAAGCACUCCUAGAUCUAGGAGCAGGUGUAGAUUUACUUCCCUAUUCAGUGUAUCAGCAACUUGGCCUAGGGGAACUGAAGCCCACCACAGUGAUUCUACAAUUGGCUGAUCAGUCUAUUAAGAAACCAAGAGGGGUAAUAGAAGAUGUCAUCAUUUGA